CUCGUUCGAAACCGGUGUGACCAGUUUCCUCGGUAUACGUUACGCGAGUCCGCCUCUGGGUGAGCUUCGAUGGAGAGCCCCGCAACCUCCAGACGAUAUGGUCGGUAUCCAAAACGCUACCACUGAGCCAAACGAAUGCAUCCAAGCCGGGGAUGGCACAUCGGCGACCAACCCAUUCGAGUCGCGCUCGCUCAGUAAGAGAGCUACUGCGAGUGAAGAUUGUUUAUUCUUGAAUGUCCAUGUUCCGUCGAACAUCAGCAGUAACGCGAGCUUGCCGGUUAUUGUUUGGAUCCAUGGUGGUGGAUAUGCCGCUGGAAGCGCCAGCGAUGAAGCUCAGGAUUUCGUCAAAGAGACAGGGUUCCAAGUCAUCUCCGUCAACCCUCAGUAUCGACUCGGUCUUUUUGGUUUCCUUCCUGGACAUGAGGUGAAGGAGGGUGGCGCUCUGAAUGCGGGAUUGUUGGACCAGCAGUUCGCUUUGCAAUGGGUGCAGGACCAUAUCGCGUCAUUUGGGGGAGACCCUACUAGGGUCACGAUCUGGGGAGAAUCUGCCGGCGCAGGUUCCGUGCUUCAGCACGUCGUGGCACACGGCGGAAACACUCAACCUCCUCUUUUCCGGGCCGCUAUGAUGAGCUCGCUCUUCCUUCCCUUCCAGUACGAGUUCAAUGACACUAUCCCGGAGACUUUAUAUUCCGAAGUAGUUGACCAGUCAAACUGCACGGACGCUGUCGACCGUCUGGCUUGUCUGCGAGCCACUGACGUGUCUGUCUUGACCGCUGCCAAUACCAACCUGAGCGAUGCCAACUUCUUUGGGACAUUCACCUUCGUACCUGUCAUCGACGGAGAUUUCAGUAUCGAACGUCCCAUAGCCACACUCAACAAAACGCAACUCAACGGGGAAGUCCUCCUCGCAGUGACGAACGCCUUCGAAGGCAACCUCUUCGUCAACCAGACCAUGUUCAACGGCACGAACAUCACGCUCACAGACUACGUCACUCAGCUAUUUUCCCGCCUGAAUGCCGAGCAGAUACAGCAUACCGUGGAUCUGUAUUCGAAUGUUUCAGAUUUGCCGGAUGUGGUCUUGCAAGCCAAUGCAAUUAUGGGCGAAAACAUCUUCAUUUGUCCGACGUACUUUUCACUACAAGCGUUCGGGAAUAAGUCCUGGAAGGGCGAGUUUGCCAUUCCACCCGCCACACACGGUGAAGACCUCUCCUACUACUUCGGAACCUCCCCUACCGCCCGUACCUUCAACUCAACCGCCUUCUUCUCCGCCUUCUCCGACUCCUUCUUCAACACCGCCCUCUUCCUCAACGCUUCUCAAAAAAUCGACAAUUCGACGAUCACGCCCCCAUGGGCAACGUGGAGCGAGGGACACACGGAGAUGCUUUUUAAUCAGACGGAGGGGCUGCCGAGCGAGCCGGUCGUGGAGGCGAUUGUGACGGACGAUGGGCUGUUGGGGAGAUGCGAGUGGUGGAGGACCUUGGCUCCGAUUAAUGCGCAAUAGGCUCUCGAAACUUUUGACGGGUAUGGGCACGGGCAUUGAGAUAUCGUUCGAUUUCAUCCUGAGUGUU